AUGCCCCCGCAGCAGGGAGAGGUGUCGCUUUUGACACUUUUCGCAGACAUUCACUACUACAUUUCCCCACCCUCCCAAAUCCCUCCACACCAUCGCUUCGACAAAGGCUCCUAUGUCUACCUCUACCACAACCCUAUGCACCAGACUGGCCGGAUAGAAAUCGCCAACCACGCGGGCACUCCCAACCAGGAUGCCUUUGCUGGCCAAUUGGACACGAUAAAGAUUGAACAAACAUACAAGCACCCAUGCCUCUUCACAAUCACAGUCGACGCUUUUCGCAGUCAGUCUGGCAGUCCUGCGUCGACCCCCCACCAGGAUGUUUCACAAUGGCACCUGCCCACACCAGAUCCCAACAACCAGGGCAAAUACAUGUAUAGACUCCACACCCUAGAUUUAUAUUUCUGGACACCGGAAGACUCGAGCUUGUUCCUCGACUCGAUUCGCAGGGUGCUGCAGCCACACCAGUUGCAGAUCGUGAGCAACCCCAACGCUACACCCACUCAUUCCGAACACAAAAACGACGCCCUGAGCCCAGUCAUUGCAAGGCUGGAAAGCGUGGCUAUUUCACACAACAGCCGAACGCCAAGCGUGGGCACUACGCAGUCGUUUCCAGGACCACCGGCAGCCCCAGCGCCUGCUUCCAGUCCGCCCAGCGAGCAACCACCCAACUAUGCUCCCAUGGCCUAUAACCCUGCUGCUCCUGCUGCUCCUGAACCCAUUGCCCAUCGAGAGAAGACGCCUCCACCGCCGGACGCGGCCAAUGGGACUGGACUUGGUAGUGCGGCCAUGCACGAUGCCCAUGCACCGUACAGCAACCCUCUACAAGCAUCGUAUGCACCGCAGCCGACCUCGACUCCCUAUAUGCCGGGUCCACCAGCACCUGGCCAGGGCUUCAGCGGGCCUCCCAGUAUGCACCGUAGCAAUACGUCGGGGUCGUUCCCAAGUGCACCUCAGAGUCCUCCGUCCUUUGCGCCCCCACCGUCGGCACCCCCGCCAGGACCGUACAACGGGACACCGCCGCCCAAUCUGAGCCGAGCGUCGACGAUGGCGACCCAGCAAUAUGCAACCUAUCCCAGCUCACCUGGCUUCCCACCUGCUCCUCAGUCACCCCCUGCGCAUGGUGCUUUACCGUCGCCUGGCUUCCCUCCACAACACUAUCAGCCAAUGGCCUCUCCCCCUCCUGGAGGGUACUCGCAGUUUCCCUACGGUAGCACGGCCGGACAGGUGCCUGGUGCAGAUGCACAAAACGUGCAGCAGCAGCUGUAUAGGCCAAGCGAGAGUGAAGCGGCGGUUGUAGAUCAUAAUGAUGCAAACAAACAGCCAUCAUCGAACUUGGGGAAGCGGGUGGAAAAGGUGGAAAAGGGGCCUGGCGCCAAGUCCAACUCGAGGCGCAGUCCCAACCCAACAUCUACUCUACUGACUCUACUCUACUUUGCCCAUCUCACUUACCCAUCUCAUUUACAAUCCUUCCUCUCUACUGCUUUCUACACUACUUCGCCGUUAACAACCCUACUUCCCCCCGUGGCAACGGCCGCGACCACCAGACCGAAACGUUCUAGCCCAUGUACGGGUACCGGUAAGCCAAUAGCGCGAAACAAAGACCAACCGGGGCAUCAGGGUGCUGGUGGAAGCUCGGACAGGUCCCCACGUCGCCAGAGUGAUCUCAUAGCGACAAACGACAAACAAACAAAGCUCCUGGGAACAGGAUUCCGGGCGUCAAAGAGGCUGACAGUGGGAAACAUCUGGAUCGCAUCUGGACCAUUGGCUGCCCUUGCAUACCAUGUGGUUGCCCUCACGGGACGUAACGGAAGGCGCGUUGGCGAGACGGAUGGAGAACCAACACAAGACAUUCCUCGUGGUACGCUUGCUUGGAUCAUUGGAAUCAUAGCCUUUGCCAUACUCGCCAUCUCCAUUACCACCUAUUUCUUCCGUCACAGAUGGGGCCGGCGCUCCCACCUAUCACCAAAACCAAAAGACGCUUCUCAAGGCAAGCUCCCUUCGUUGUUCUUGUGGAGAAAUAUUCGCAAGAGGUUCGGCCGCAAUGGAUACUCGACGAGUUUGCAGGAUACCGCCUACCGUGGCAGCUCGAGUAGAGCAAGCCAUGAGAUGAGUCGGGCGGCAACCGACCCCGAGAGGCAGAAUGGCGGCACCAAUGCGGCUGGUGUUGAUAGAAACACGUCGGUCCGCAGUGUCAUGACAUUGCCAGCCUACUCGCCCGCAGUAAGAGAAAACGAGCGCGUGCUGGCACGAGAAGGCGAAAGAGGAGGCAUCGACUGCGUCAUCGAACUUCCAGAAACCCUGGAUGAGGAGGAACAGCAACGAGAGGAGGAGAUGGAGUCGUUAUACCAAAUCAGAUUGGCGCGACGCAUCGAAGCCGCAGAACGCGAAGCACUACGACAGGCCAGGCGAGAGGCCCGAGCACGAGGCGACAUACAAGCACUCGCAGAUUUACGACGACAGGCAGAAGAAGCAGCAGACCGCACGAUAUCACAGAUACUCAUUGAAGAGCACCAAAACAGGGUCCGCAGUCGCGACCGACGAGUGUCCUCGGUAGCCUACGGUGACCUAGGCGUAGCCAGGCACGAUGGUACACGCCUGCGGGCCAACUCGUCAGAAAGCGAUCAUCGGCCUCUGCUCGACUCUGCAGCAUCCAUCUCUGGACAGAGUGGGCAAUCGCGUAGAUACACGGGCAACACUCUCGACCUGACCGAUUCCCACCGCCGCGGACUCUCCGUCACCUCCCUAGACUCAGACUACGAUUUUGCAGACCCAUCUCGUACUAAUUCCCGCACCGAUUCCCAGACAAAUGCUAACAACGACGACUUUGAAGUCGUCCCGCUUCAUCCGGAAAGAAGUCACGGCAGCAGUGGAAUCCCAUCUCCUCAAGCCGAGAUUCCAGAAGAGGCACCUGCGUAUGAAGAUCCACCAAAUUACGAAAGUCCUACCAAUUCGCGGGCACCCCAAUUGCCCACUCUGGAAAGACUACCAAGCAUACAGGUUACGACGGAGCCUACGCCCGUCGAAGAGCAAUCGCAAAACUCUUCGCGAUAG